UGCCUUUUUCCCCCGUUUGUUUAUUUUGUGUUUUAACUGAUUUUUUUUUUUUAAUUAAAGAUAACAUUCCGUUUAACCAUCGUCCGGAUCAGUUGUAUCCAGGUUAAGUUUACAAGGCAAAACAACCUAGGAUAGCAAGGCUUGAUAAUGUCCGAUCUAGAGGAUGAGGAUUACAGAUUGGAUGAUUCAGAAGAGGAUGGAGCUAAAGAUUUGAAUGUACAGGAGGAACAAAAGUCUGAACAGGAAUAUAAGUUCCCUAGGUGUGAACUCAAUCAAGACAUGAUUAAAGAAGGACUGUCUUUGUUAUGCCGCACAGGAAAUGGCAUGUCACAUGCCUUUGUUAAACUUGAACUAGUAGAUAGAGGCCUGACCGACAUCAGUAUCCUGGAGUCCUUUGUGCACCUGCGCUUCAUAGACCUGUCCAAUAACCACCUGACAGACCUGACGCCGCUGGCUGCCCUCACCCAGCUGCUCUGGCUGAAGUUGGAUGGGAACCAGGUGAAGACGCUGAGGGGGAGGCUGCAGCCCCUCCACUACCUGCAGUGGUUCAGCCUCGCCAAGAACCGCCUCACGGACCUCGAGGGCCUCAGUUUCCCCGCCCUGGAGACGCUCAACCUGAUUGGUAACGGCAUUCAUUCUAUCAGAGGUCUCCAGUGCCACCAACUGAGCAACCUGGUCUGUCUUGAACUGAGAGGAAAUCGUCUGGAGAGCACAGAUGGACUGUAUUUGCCCAAUCUACGACGACUUUACAUGGCCCAGAAUGGCAUCAAGAAGCUGGAGGGUCUCCACAAGCUGGAGCGUCUGACCACCCUCCAUCUCCGGGACAACCAGCUGAAGAAUCUAGAUGGCAUCAACUCCGGCCUGAAGGCUCUGCAGUACCUGAACGUCAGGGGUAACCUGAUUUUCGACCUGAGUGCGCUGAACAGUCUGACGGCGGUGGCGGACACCCUGCGUGCCCUGGUGCUGGCGGAGAACCCGGUGGGGGAGGUGGACGACUACAGGCUGUACGUGCUGUCACAGCUCCCCCUACUGGAGCGGCUGGAUAAGGACCCCGUCAGGGACGAGGAGAAGGCCGACGCCUUGGAGAGGCAAAAGGAUUUGGCAGGAUUUGGUGACGGCGAAGAACCCAAAGAUUGAAAACAGCACCAUCAUUCGGCCGUCUUUGCAGUGUGUGCAGAACACCCUUGUAUCUGUCCAUUCCAGAGCCUCAUAGAUGCCAAUGGAGCCAUGGUGCUGCGUAUGAGGCUGUAUGACAGUUACCCAUUGAAUGUGCAUACAACGUUUACCCAUUUUUGAUGAACGUAUUUAUUUUUUUAAUAAAUGUUGUAUGUACAGAUGAA